CGUCAUUAAGGUGCGUGUAAAGCUCUAACUGCUGCUCACCGAAGUCCUUCUGCCUCGACCAUGUCUGUCUGUGAUGUUACACUGCUGUGUAACUACCCAAAGUGCCGAACCAAGCUGAGUGGCUUCGCCUGGGUCACAGCGUGCUCGCAUGCUUUCUGCGAUCAGCACGGGUCCGGUGAGUUCAGCCGCUCCCCCGCCAUCUGUCCAGCCUGCUCCUCUGCGCUGUCAGGGAAGCUGGACAUAGUGAGAACAGAGCUGUCACCUUCUGAGGAGUACAAAGCCAUGGUGCUGGCAGGUCUGCGACCUGACAUAGUCUUGGACAUUAGUGCCAGAGCUUUGGCCUUCUGGAGCUAUCAGGUCCAUCAGGAGCGUAUGUAUCAAGAGUACAGUUUCUCAAGAGCGGCGGUCCGGCUGAAGCAGUUGGAGAAGAUGUUGAGCCAGCAGAAUCAGAGCAGAGAGCUGGAGCUCACCGCCAUGAGAGGGGAAAUCGCCUCCCAGAAGAAAGUAAACCACAAUUCUCAAACUGAAGUGGUGAUGGAGGAGUAUAAAAGGCAGUACGGUGAGGUGUCUGAAAGGCUGAUGGAAAGGAACAGGCAGUACCAGAAACUACGGGGGCUGUAUGACUCUCUGAGGCUGCGCAGCAUGGUGGUGGGGGAAAGAGAAAGGCCGACACAGCCAGGACAUCACGAUUAUAACACUGGGUUGGCUCGGCAGGCCAUUCCCCAGAGAAGCCCUCAGUUCCUCUCGUUGGGUCUAGAUGGGGACAGUAGAUUCUUCUCCUGCCUGGAGGCUGACGGAGCCAAAACCUUCUUCCAGUUCAGCUCCCCAGCCCAAGAUUGAGGCCGACCGCUCAUAAAGAAGAACUGAGACAGCAGCGGCUUGUAUACAGAAUGUGGCAUAUUCACUUCUCUGUUCUCACUAUUUAUCCAUACAUUCAUUUUUUUCAGUGUUCUAUGGUUUAAAGAUUUAGGUGGCUUGUUCGUGUUGAUUUGGGUGAGGGGGGCAUUUGUCGCAAUUUUUCAGCGUAACCAAAAUUUGACUUAAAAAGGAUUGAAAUAAAAAGAUGUAAGUAUUCAUUUUGGUAUCCACUGAAGUGAACAUAUUGUGUUAGUCACUAACUAUUUAUCACAAACUCCUGUGAGAUUGUGUCGGAUUUAGCUUUAGUUUUUUAUUAAAACAACUUUGAAGGACUUUGAGUCACUAUCAGUGCCAUGUUUCUCCAGUAAUUCUCAUGUCUGGUUUAUAUCUUAAAUGCUUAAUUUCAGGGGUUUGGGUAAGUGAUGAGCCCAACCUUAACCCUAAAAGACAAUAAAUGCAUAUUUUCAGGCAAUCAAA